CCCAACAACGAGCAGGCGACCGAGUUGGUAGCUGAAAAUGAAAAUACAAUUGAAUAUGAAUCGGAGCCUGAAAAAGCAUUAGAUUCUGACGCUGAAAACGACGUGUAUGUGGUUACAGGUCCGCAAACAGCUGAUAAACUUGAUGAGAAUUACAACGAAGAUAAAUACGACAAUGUUGAUGGUAGUUCGCCUACCUCAUCGCUGGCUAUUGAAGGCUUUGUGGCUGGCGCAUCGGAGGAUAAUAGAGUUCAGUCGCAAUCUGCUGCUUAUGUACAUGAAGUAUUAACGCUAAGCAUACAAGAGUCCGACAUAACGAAAGUUAUUAAUUCUGGCGAUAUGGAGCAGUUAGCGCAAAUUGUUCUCAAUGGUGAUGGUAAUAAAUUGGUGAAUAUGCAAUCACAAAAUCCGGAUAUACAGGCAUUUCUCAGUAAUGUGCCCAGCUAUAUGAGUAAAAUACGUCGAGUUCACGAGGCGGCACGCGAAGGUAGCUUACUUGCUCUGCAACAGGCUUUAGAUAGACGAAAGUUUGCGAUAGCCAAAGAUGAGAUUUCACCCAACGGUGCCACACCUCUGCAUGUAGCUGUGCUUUUUGGAAACACAGAUAUUGUUCGAUAUUUGGCAGCACGUUUUCCAGAAACCACUACAAUCGCCGACACCGAUGGACGAACAGCGCUACACUAUGCCGCUGUUAUAAAUGAUAAUGGUCACUUCUAUAACGUCUCACGCAGCUGGGUGCCAAUAGCAAAGCAGCGGAUAAG